AUGGCGCCUAAGAGAGCAGUACGCACUGUUGUUCCUACUGACGUCGAGAGCGCACCAGAGGAGGGUGAGAGGCUGAUGGAGGAUGCGACAGGUGGGCCUGAAGAGGAGUCGGAAGGUGAUGUACUGGAGCUGAAGCAGAUGUUUCAACGGUUCAUGCAGGAUCAGCAAGAGAGAGAUGGCCGUCAGAUACAAGAAGCAGCUCGACAAGAGACGAGAUGGAAAUCGCUCCAGCAUCAGUUCUGUCUGCUACAGGAUGAGGUCAGCCAGCGAACUCCGUUGGAGGAUGUGCGAGACAGGGGAGCCGCUGAGGCAGAGGAAUCGCCCAGAGCUUCAGGCUCCCGCAACGUGAGCCAUGGUUAUGCGCUAAAAGAACCAAAGAUGCAACAAUUGAGUGAAGCGGAUGACAUCAAGCAUUAUUUAACCACGUUUGAACGGAUUGCUGAGGUGUGCAGAUGGCCAAUGGAAGAUUGGGCCAUUAGACUCAUUCCAUUGCUGACGGGCAAGGCGCGCAGUGCAUAUGUGGCCAUGGAUGUCGCAGACGCAAGUGACUACGCGCAGGUAAAGGAGGCUAUUUUGAAGAAGUAUUCCAGCAAUCAUGAAACGUAUCGACAGAGAUUUCGUGCUAUGGAGAUGCUGGAAGAAGAGACCCCUAAAGAGCUAUAUGUUCGAUUGAAAGACUUGUAUCAGAAGUGGGUGAGACCGGGAGAGAGAACGAACCAGGGGAUCGGAGAGAUAAUUGUCCUUGAACAAUUUCUGCGGAUGCUUAGCCCGGAGCUACAGACGUGGAUUAAAGAGCACGGCCCGUCUACAGCUGAGGAGGCGGCGCGGCUAGCUGAUGUUUUUGUGGCGGCACGACGUAGAGCUGAGCCCUGGAGUUUCACUCGCUGGAAGACAGCACGAGAGGGAUCUUCUCGACGACCGAUUUCAACAUCUCAGGGAAGUAGGUUGGCAACUGAGGCAAGUGUAAAACGAACUGAGAACUCUGGUGUUUCUGGUUUAGAGACGGUUAGGUGUUAUAAAUGUGGGCAAUUGGGUCAUAAAAAGCCAAUGUGUCCACAGUUGACAAAAACCCUUAUGUGUUAUGUACCUCGAGAAACCAUACCUGAACCUGCGAACAUUCCCGUUCCAAAGCAAGUGAUAAGAACUGUUGAGUUAAAUGGGAAGAAAGUCACUGCCUUAAUAGACACAGGUUGCACGCAAACCCUAGUGGAGUCAGAACUUGUACCUGAAUUAGGUGCUAGUGGUGAUGCUCCGGUAAUUGUGAGAUGUGUUCACGGGGAGGAGCGUCAGUAUUCUGUCACUGAUGUAUAUAUGGGUAUAGCGGGGGCAAACUUAUGUGAUGAGGGUAGGACUUGCACAGAACUUACCAUACCCAGUUAUUUUAGCACUUAA